AUGGCUAGUACGUAUGUGAUUGUCACGAUUGCGACCAACUUCACGAUAUCAAUCGUCGGUACCAUCGGCAACGUCCUCCUGAUCCUGGCCUUCAUCAAAUGUAGAGAUCUACGGACGAUUUCGAACGUAUUCAAUCUGACAACGUUUGUCGCGGGGCUAUCCGUAUGUGCCAUAACCUAUCCACUACAAGGCCUGCUGGAUGCCUUUGUCAUCAGGCAGAACCCGGGAUGUCUUCUUGUCCUCUGCGUGGCGUUUUUUACUGGGUUCUUUUUCACGCUCAAUGUCCUCGCCUUGACCAUCGAGCGGUACAUCGCCAUCUGCCACUCGCUUCAUGCCCCGACCAUCUUGACGAAGCGCCGCGUGGCGAUGGCUCUCGGUGGCAUAUUGGUGUACGCGGCAUUCUUUGGUCUCAUCCUCCCGAUGGCCACGCCGAUAAGCAACAAGGAAAAGGUGGAUCCUGCAGUUGGCUGCAGACUGUUCGUCAUCGUGCACAAGAGCUACGUCACUUUCAUCUUCACGACCUUUAUAUUCCCGGCCCUUCCCAUGUUACUGAUAUACACGCGGAUCUUUGUGGUGUUGCGUCGGCAUAUCCGUGCCGUUGUCGACUUGUCGACCGUUCGACCGACCGGACAGGCUGACCAGAUCGAAGCCAAUGCCAGGCCUGCCCUUCGGGAGAGAGAAAGAAGGGAGAGAGCAAGAAGGAAGCGAGAGGUGAAAUCCGCAGUGUUUCUUUUCAUCUUAAUCUUCAGCUUCAUCGCGUGUGUUCUGCCAUUUGCCAUUUUCAUCCUCACCACCACCUUCACUCUGAAGAUAUUGAUCAGCCCGCUUGCGUUCUCUUUGUCCCACGCUCUGGUCUAUUCUGUCUGCGCCAUCAAUCCGUAUCUCUACGGCUUUGGUAACAAGGCCUUUCGCCAAGGUGUCCUUUCCCUCUUUCGAACCGGGCGGAAGUCAUCCGACGCCCCAACCAUCUCCACAAUAUCAACUUCAAAGAAAUGA